AUGUCCGACCUUAUCCCUUGGGCGGAGACGAGGUGCAGCAUUGAACUUGGAAGAGGUGUCGCAGGAACUGUCUUCCUCUUCCGUCACGCAGUCUCGAAGAUCCCCGUCGCUGCCAAGCUCGUGGAAUACCCAGGAGAGUGCUUCAGAAACGAGGUCAGGAUUCAUCAAGCAAUCAGUGGCCUCCCAUGGUUUCCUACCUUCUAUGGAAGCUUUGACAUCGCAGAUGACCAGACAGUUUUGGCCAUGGAGUUCGUUGGAAAUAAGUCCGAGGAUCAAGGACUGAAAGCGCUCCAUUCCAAUGGAUUCCUGUGUAAUGAUCUCAAAGAAGACAACGUACUGGUUGUCGAGGAGUCUGGACUCUGGCAAACCAAGAUCAUCAACCUGGGAUGGGCUUCUGAAAUCGCCACUCCUUUUGUAAUGCCUCUGGAUGAAGAGCAAAUUGAUUUCUACCGUAGCUGCCGAGGGUGUUGCCAUAUUGCCCCUGAAUGCGUGUUGGACGCCAGGCCCUGCUCAACAUCCAGCGAUGUCUACUCCUUAGGUAGAUUGCUAGCAUCCAUAGGUCGCGCCAUGAGGUAUGAUGAUUUCGAGUUUUCGAGUACGCAAAUCUACCUGGCUGAUGAAGAACAGAGGCCAACUGUGCAAGAAAUCAUUGACCAACUUUACAAAAUGCGGCUGGCAGCAGAAGGGGAGGAUGGCCCCGGGUCAUCCUCUUGUUAG